AUGAACACUAGAUCUCGAAGGAGAAACCGCAACGAAGAUCUUCUCAUCCUGUCCAACACAGAACUUGCGAGAAUAGAACGAGCAAACAAACAACAAAGGCCUACUUCCGCCAAUAUGGGCGAUCAAGGCAAUGAUAACAUGGCUGCUCAGUUGCAGCAACUCCAACAGGAGAUAGAGCAGAUGCGGAAAGCUCAAAAAGAUAGAGAACCGCAACUACGUGCUGUCAUUGGAGACAAGGACAACCCGCAUACUUUCUAUCAAAACCGGUUUGCGAUUGUUCCUCCAGCCGUUCAGAGGCAAGACUUUGAGAUCAAGCCGAGCAUAAUCGCACUAGUCAAGGAUCACCUCUUCCAUGGACUACCUGCUGAGGUUCCAAUGGACCACAUCGAGAACUUUGAGGAAAUAUGCAGUACGACUAGCUCGGAUGGAGUACCAGCUGACUUUCUGAAGUGCAAGCUAUUCCCGUUCUCACUUGCCAACAAAGCAUCUCGCUGGCUGAAGUCAUUACCAUCUGGGUCUUUGACAACAUGGGCCCAAUGUAGAGCGGCGUUUCUGAACCAUUUCUACACGAAAGACAAAACUGCAGGUCUGAGGACUAAGAUCUCAUCUUUCCAGCAGUACGAAGGUGAAGUUUUCUGCGAAGCAUGGGAAAGAUACAGAGAGUACCGAAGAGUGUGUCCUCAUAAUGGAUACUCUGAUGAGCAAAUCCUGAGUAUCUUCUAUGACGGAGUCAACUGGGACUACAAGAACGCCUUGAACUCAGCCAGCAAUGGUGAUUUCAUGACGAAGUCCAAAGAAUGUGCAUUCGAGCUGAUCGAGAAUCUUGCAGCAAGCUCUAGCAACAAGAACGCUGGGUACGACAGAACAGUGGGCACUGUGUCAGUCAAGGGAAGCGGCGCUGAAGCGAAGAAAAUUGAGGAAUCCACGGCCAAGGUGAACCUACUGAUGAAGGCAUCACAAAAGUCUGUUCAUUUUGUUGACGAAACUGAUGAUACACCUAUCUCCCAAGAGUUUGGAGGAGAAGAGGAUGAAGAUGACCAGAUGGAGGUUAACUAUGUGAGUGGGCAAGCUUUUGGGCAGAACCGUGGCUUCAACCAGAACUACAGGAAUCACCCAAACAUGUCCUACAGGAGCACCAACGUCGAGAACCCUCAAGAUCAGGUCUAUCUGCCGCGAUCGAACCAGAACCAGCAGGGUUUUCAGAAGAGCUACCCCAAUAGCUUCCAGGAAAAGACCUUUGCCCCAAACCAGAACCGUUCUCAAGGUGGUAACCAACAGAAGGCGCAGUUCAGCAACCAGCAACAACCUUCAAGUUCAUCAAACAACUCUAACGAUGAGCUGAAGGGUAUGAUGCAGCAGAUGUUGAUGAACCAGCAGAAAUCCUCUGCGGAGACACACUUGAAGAUAGACACCAUGUACAACGAUCUGAAUGGGAAAUACGAGGCUGUGUGGACUCAUGUGAAGAAGCUGGAUGUCCAAGUAGCUCAAACGGCUGAAGCAGUGAAGAGACCUCAUGGAACCCUUCCUGGGAAAGGAGAGACGAACCCCAGGAAUGAAUAUGUUGCACAAGUUAAGCUGAGAAGUGGGAGAAAGCUGUUACCAGAUGCAAUUCCUCUUAAAAGGCCAUGCAAGGAGAAGGUCGACGAGCACCAGGAAACAGGAGGACAUGUGAGCGGAGUUGAUCGAGCUGCUCCGAGUGGAAUCGAUCGGUCUGAUGAUGACGCCUCGUCAUCUCAGGAACCCAUUCUUGAAUCCGACUUACCUAUUCCUGUAGCAGCAGAGCCUGCUCCAGCAAGAGCCUACACACCUAAGGUGCCUUACCCUGUUCCACCGAAGAAGUCAAGAAAAGAUUUGGAGGAAGCAAAGUGUAAGGAGAUGUUGAGGGACUUGACUGUGAAGCUGCCUCUUUCUGAUGCUGUUCAGAUGAUUCCUGCUUUGAAAAAGUACAUAAAGGAGUUGAUAUCUGGGAAAGUAGCUGAGGAGGAAAACGUCAUGCUAGUAUCUGAGGAGUGUAGCGUCGUGCUGCAAAACAAGGUGAUAAAGAAGAGGAGCGACCCAAGAAGAUUUGUCUUAUCAGUGCAGAUUGGUCACAUGAUCUUCAGGUGCUCUCUUUGUGAUCUUGGCUCGAGUGUGAACUUGAUGCCAUAUUCUGUGGCCAAGCGAUUGGAAUACACCAAGUUCAAACCCACAAAAGUCUCUUUGGUUUUCGCUGACAGAUCGACUAAGUUCCCAGUCGGUAUACUUGAGGAUCUACAUGUGCAGAUAGGGAAUACACUAAUUCCAGCAGAUUUUGUGGUCCUUGAGCUCGACGAAGAACCUAAGGAUCCGCUGAUAUUAGGGCGAAACUUCCUAUGCACAGCUGGUGCAAUCAUUGAUGUGAAGGGAGGGACCAUUGAUCUCCAUCUUUGA